AUGGCGCGGACCCCGGGGCCCGCUCCGCCGUGUCCCGGAAGCCGCAGAAAACAACUUUCCACCGCUUCUACCGCUGGGACCAGGAUCCUGCUGCCGCCACCGACGCCUCUGCCGCUGCUACUGAUGCUGUUCCCGCUGCUGCUCCUCUCGGGGCUCUGUGGUGCCUCAGCUCGACCAGUCAUCGUGGAGCCCAGUGUCAUCGCGGUUUGGGGAAAGAAUGUGUCUUUGAAAUGCUUCAUUGAAGCGAAGGACAGUAUAACCCAGAUUUCUUGGGAAAAGAUCAAUGGCAAAAGUACACAGACUGUUGCGAUUCAUCAUCCUCAAUAUGGAUUUUCUGUUGUAGGGGAAUAUCAGGGAAGAAUCUUGUUUAAGAACCUGUCAAUGAGUGAUGCAACAAUUACUCUACAUAAUAUAGGAUUCUCUGAUUCCGGACAAUAUAUAUGCAAAGCUGUUACAUUCCCAGGUGGAAUUGUGGAGUCCUCAACAACUGUAACUGUUUUAGUUGAACCCACUGUAAGCCUGAUGAAAGGGCCAGAUUCUUUAAUUGAUGGAGGAAAUGAAACAGUAGCAGCCAUUUGUACAGCAGCCACUGGCAAACCAGUUGCACAUAUUGACUGGGAAGGUGAUCUUGGUGAAAUGGAAUCGACUACAACUUCUUUUCCAAAUGAAACAGUGACGAUUGUCAGCCAGUACAAGCUGUUUCCAACAAGAUUUGCUCGAGGAAGAAGAAUUACCUGUAUUGUAAAGCAUCCAACCUUGGACAAGGACAUUCGAUAUUCUUUCAUAUUAGAUAUACUGUACGCUCCUGAGGUUUCUGUAACAGGAUAUGAUGGAAAUUGGUUUGUAGGAAGAAAAGGUGUUAAUCUUCAGUGUAAUGCUAAUGCAAACCCGCCAGCCUUCAACUUUGUGUGGAGCAGGUUGGAUGGACAAUGGCCAGAAGGUUUAUUGGCUUCAGACAAUACUCUUCGUUUUGUCCAUCCACUGACUUUCAAUUACUCGGGGGUUUAUGUUUGUAAAGUGACCAAUUCCCUCGGUCAAAGAAUUGACCAAAAGAUCAUUUACAUUUCGGAUCCCCCUACUACUACCACCCUUCAGCCUACAAUCCAGUGGCAUCAGUCAACUGCUGACAUCAGGGAUCUAGCAAUGGAGCCUAAAAAAUUGCCCUUCCCAUUGUCAACUUUGGUAAGAAUUAAGGAUGACACAAUUGGCACGGUCCUUGCUAGUGUAGUGGGUGGGGCUGUCUUCAUAGUACUCGUAAGUGUUUUGGCUGGCAUAUUCUGCUAUAGGAAAAGACGGACAUUUCGCCGAGACUGCUUUACCAAGAAUUACAUUCCACCUGCAGAUAUGCAAAAUGAUUCACAAAUUAAUGUUCUUCAACAGAAUGAGCUCGAUUCUUACCCAGACAGUGUAAAGAAGGAAAAUAAAAAUCCAGUGAACAACCUAAUAUGUAAAGAGUACUUAGAAGAACCUGAAAAAACUCAGUGGAACAAUGUAGAAAACCUCAAUAGGUUUGAAAGACCAAUGGAUUAUUAUGAAGACCUAAAAAUGGGAGUGAAGUUCAUCAGUGAUGAACAAUAUGAUGAAAAUGAAGAUGACUUAGUUUCACAUAUACAUCGGCCUGUAACUUUCAAGGAGAGAGUUUAUGUUGAGCAACCACUAAAUGGGACUUAACUAUGACACAGUGUUUCAUUCAUGCUAGUUGAUCAUUUCCAGGUUGUUCAUACUUUUUCUUGAGGAAGAACAAGAUUUUUCAAGUUGAUUUUCAAGCUCUUUGUAUCCAAUUUGACAAAUAAAAUGUAAAAUCUGGGUUAAAUGUAUUUGAGCUGCUUUACAAUUUUCUUCAAUGCUGUACUACUGUCUCAAGAUUUAAAUUUUGAUGCAGAGUACUUUAUUGGUCUGUGGCGCCCAGGUAAGAAGGAAAUGUCAACGUUAAAUGUAUGGACUUUUUUGGUUCAAAAAUUAAAAAAGAUAAAAAAAAAAGGAACUAC